UAGUCACACUUUCUCUCAGUGUCUUAAUCUGUCGUUUUGCUUUUUUCUCCUCCUUCCUGCAGCUCACCCCCACACCGCUUCCGUUUUUCGCCUUUCUUUAGUCGAGGAGGAAGCUGUCUCUGUUGUGAAGUGGGUUUGAUAAAGAGGGUCUCGUCGGGGGUGGGUGGACUGACCGCCGCUCCAGUGGGAGAUUUUAUUAGCCGUCUUUAUCACGACCGGGUGGGCAGACGCAGGGAGAUAGUGGGUGUGACAUGGCUAACGAGGAGGAAAGACAUACAUCCCUCACAGAGCAGCACAACAACGACAACAACAUCACCCAUCCAGAGACUUCAGCUACACAAGGGAGUGAUCCCGGUGGGUUGUCAGUACUAGAGCAGCUAGGCUUGGACCACAGCUCCGAUUUCUCUGACUCGAGUGUUCAGCAGCGGUUGGAUGAACAGCGAGAGCGAAUCCGUAGGGAAAUCCGGAAGGAGCUGAAGAUUAAAGAGGGAGCAGAGAACCUCCGCAGAGCCACUACUGAUAAACGAAAUGCACAGCAGGUGGAGAGUCAGUUGCGGAGCUCCAAUCGACGCCUGGACUCGCUCCACGCUCAGCUACAAGAGCUGGACGCUCAUAUCGUCGUCAAAGGGACGGAUGAUUCACGUGAUGAUGCUCCUCAGUCUCCGGGAGCAGAGAGCAGGUCUUCGGCGCAUAAGGAGAGAAUCGCUGCCCUCGAAAGACAGUUAAACAUUGAACUCAAAGUUAAACAGGGGGCCGAAAAUAUGAUCCCCAUAUAUGCCAAUGGCUCCACUAAGGAUAAGAAGAUGUUGCAGACAGCUCAGCAGAUGCUACAGGACAGCAAGACAAAGAUUGACAUCAUUCGCAUGCAGAUCCGGAAAGCAGUGCAGGCCUACGAACACAACGAUGAUAUACAGGGAAAGCCUGACCCAUGUGGUAUGGAGCUACGGAUCGAGGAGCUCAGACACCAUUACCGCGUAGAGCACGCCGUCGCUGAGGGAGCAAAAAAUGUCCUUAGACUUCUUGGAGCCAGUAAAGUACUGGACAAAAAGGCCAUGUCAGAGGCUCAGUGUCGUCUGAGCGAGUCGUCUCAGAGGUUGGAUCUGCUGAGAGAUUCACUGGAUCGGCGGUUAGCAGAACUUCCUGAAGAUCAUCCCAAAGCAUCUGUUAUCAAAGAGGAGCUGGUGUUAGCCUCCUCACCAGCGUUCAGCUCUCGACACGGCGCCCCCUACGUGCACAACCAGUACAGCACACUCUCCAAACCCUCUCCCCUCACUGGCACUCUGCAGGUCACUUUGCUGGGCUGUAUGGGUGUGCUAGAGGUGGUUCCCGGACGUUCCCGUGGCAGUCAGGUAGUAUUGCCGUGUUACAGUCCGGGAGAAGGACGGUCCUUUAUGCGGAGUGGAAAAGGCCUUUACAGUCGCAGUGGCAGUGUUAGUGGAAAAACACCCCCCAAAACAGACGAACUCUCCUCGGAGGUGAGUGCGGUACUGAAGCUGGAUAACACAGUCGUGGGUCAAACGGCAUGGAAGAUGGUUGGAGAACAGGGCUGGGAUCAAACCUUCACCAUAGAGCUGGAGCGAUCUAGAGAGAUGGAGAUUGCAGUGUACUGGAGAGAUUACCGAUCUCUGUGCGCGCUGAAAUUUCUCAAGUUGGAGGAUUUCCUAGACAACCAGAAACACAGAGUACAACUAGAGCUAGAGCCACAGGGACUGCUGCUGGCAGAGGUUACCUUCUUUAACCCCGUGAUCGACAGGGUUCCACGGCUAAAACGACAGAAGAAAGUGUUCUCCAAACAACAGGGAAAAGCAUUUUUGCGAGCUCGGCAGAUGAACGUUGAUAUCGGCACAUGGGUGAGGUUACUGAGGAAUGCCAUACCAACCGUCAACAACACAGGAACCUACAGCCCUCACGCACACACAGUACAGACAGGGGAGAUAUCGGUGGAGAAGUUGAGUUUAGACUAUGACUCACCGAUGAAGGUGGACAUUCGUCGAGAUGUGCCGGAUACAAGCACUCCAGAGCGGCAGCCGGCCACUGAACCCGUCUCUGCUCCGGACGUCACCACACCUGAACGCCAAAUCAGAACACAUUCACUGAGCAGCAAGCAGAAGAAGACUCCUUUGAGCCUGCAGGAUUUCCAACUGAUAGCAGUUCUUGGCAGAGGCCAUUUUGGAAAGGUGCUGUUGGCGGAAUACAAGAAGUCAGGCAAUAUGUACGCCAUUAAAGCCCUGAAGAAAGGAGACAUUGUGGCCAGAGAUGAAGUAGAAAGUUUGAUGUGUGAGAAGCGCAUUUUCGAGACGGUGAACAGUGCGCAACACCCCUUCCUCGUGAACCUGUUUGCGUGUUUCCAGACUCCAGAGCAUGUGUGUUUUGUCAUGGAGUACACGGCAGGCGGCGAUCUAAUGAUGCACAUACACGCAGACGUCUUCACCGAGCCACGGGCUGUGUUCUAUGCUGCUUGUGUAGUUUUAGGGCUUCAGUUUUUACAUGACAACAAGAUUGUGUACCGAGAUCUUAAAUUGGACAACUUGCUGCUUGACACAGAGGGUUAUGUGAAGAUCGCUGACUUUGGAUUGUGUAAAGAAGGUAUGGGUUUUGGGGACCGGACCAGUACGUUCUGUGGGACUCCCGAGUUUCUGGCUCCAGAGGUUCUAACAGACACGUCGUAACGGGCCGUGGACUGGUGGGGACUCGGAGUGCUUAUAUACGAGAUGUUGGUGGGAGAGUCUCCGUUUCCAGGUGAUGAUGAAGAGGAGGUUUUUGACAGCAUAGUGAAUGAUGAAGUUCGUUAUCCACGGUUCCUCUCCUCGGAGGCCAUUGGCAUCAUGAGAAGGUUACUAAGGAGAAAUCCAGAAAGACGACUGGGUUCCAGUGAGAAAGAUGCAGAGGAUGUAAAGAAACAGCCUUUCUUCAGGAGUAUGGACUGGGAGGCUCUUCUCCUCCGUAAACUCCCUCCUCCCUUCCUUCCGACUAUCGGAAACAAAGAAGACGUGAGUAACUUCGAUGAGGAAUUCACAACAGAAGUGCCGGCUCUCACGCCACCUCGUGAACCCCGGGUGCUAUCGCGCAAGGAUCAGGACAGCUUCCGUGACUUUGACUAUGUCUCUGACCUCUGCUGAGAGCAUCUUCACUGUGAUAGUGCUGUAGAGAGACCUUUCUGCUCCGUGACUCAGCGACGACGAGGACAAGAGCGGCCAAUCUGAGUGUUUCGCGUCAAUUCUGGACCUGUGAACACUGUGAUGGAAGAAAGAGGAGGCCAAAAAACAGUUAGAAUCGGAUUAAAGACGGCAAUGGCAGCAGGUUUAAAGGUGCAUUUGAUCAUUUUUUUUGCGCUUCAACUCAAGACUGACACCUAGUGGCUUGGAUGAAGCAUCACACUAAAGUGGUCAGUUACUGAUCCAAUCCUAGAAAAGCAUUAUUCACAGUCAGCUAUGAUUCAUUUAUUCAACUAGUGAAAGUGUCCAAUAAGGAGUGAGUAGCAUUCGCCUGGUCAUGUGAUCUCAAAAUGGCGGCCCCAUCAGGAGGGGGCCCUCUUCAUGUAGAAUAAUACAGGCUACUGAUAUGAAUCGAGUCUUCAUCUCAUGUGAACGGUCACACUUUUAAACUGUUUAGAAGUACCAUUUAUUUCUUUAGGGCUACAACAUUUUUUUUUUUUUAUAAAGAAAAAAAAUGAUUGAGUGCACCGAUAAACUUGUUGAAAAUUUUGGUUUGUCAUUUCUACUUUUGAAAAAUGCGCCUUGUCUUAAUAGAGGCAAUGUGAAGGUAAAUUUUAAAACUUGAAGCAAAUCAAUAAAGGUCACACAGAAGCAUCUCAGUGAACUUUUGUAAAAGAUACGACCAAGAGCAUGUUAGGAAAUGCAUUUCUGUUUAUUCUCACAUUUAAGGAAAAAUGAUCUUUGAUGACCACCGAGGAACUGGUAACAACUGCAAAAUCUUCCUUCCAUUUCUCAUAAGAUGUCCAUUCAAACAAGACGAUGCUGUCUGAAUAAUUGCCAUUCCCUAAGGAACUAGUUUAAGAGACGCUUUUCUGCAGACACUGUGACAUUUGAUGGACAUUUGAGAGUUGCGCUGAAAGCAGGAUUAUUUAAUUAGGCUUGAACAUUAAUGAAUGUGUACUUGCUCUUGGAGUUCUCAGUGGUUAAUGAGUUAAAACCUCUUUAGACUCGCUCAUCCUAGGUAUUUCUCAUACAUCUUCAAGCCCUUCAUCUCUUACAUGUUACAUGUGAAAAUCAAGCAUAUUGAAAUAUAGUAGAGCAGUCCUUUUUGAAGACAGCUUGGUCUCCGUUCAUUAAGUGCACUUUUAGCAUAGUUACCUUAAUGAAACCUUGUAUAUCAAGUUGUUUUGAAGAAAAAAUGCCUUAAAACAUUGUUCCUGUCUGCCCUGGUGUUUGUUUUUACUGUUUGUUUUUUUACCUCAGCGAGAGAAACAAAUAGCUAGAAAAUUACAUCUUGAUUGGCUACAAUCAUUAAACAAAAAGAAUGUGUUUUACAUUUUAAACAUUACAGCUAGGAGAGCAUGUCAGCAUUAUUUCGUCACUUCAUUGCUGCGUUUUGUUUUAAAUACAUUUUAAGGCUCUGUUUUUCUGAAUCACGUUUCUUUUUGUGUUCUCAGGCCGAGAGCGCAGUAGCUCAUGUGGGAGAACUGUCUUGUCUGAAAAAUGAAUUUGUGUCAUUUACAAUAGCAUAUGUAAAACUAGAGUACAUCAAGAUAGUGUCGUGACAAAAUGACAGAUUAUUUUGAUUCAUACCUUUGAGAAGUCAAAUAUUUGCUCUUUUGCAAGUGGUUAUUGUACUGGAGUAAAGCAUAAAGAAUGUGUCUGUUGAUUAUUUUCACAAGGUCCGAUCAUUGAUUUUUUUUUUUGGCCACUGAAAGUACAUCUGCGAACAUUUUUUAACAGUAGUUGGAUGAUAUGAUAAAUCUGAGCGAAAGGGUGUAAAACCACUUCUUGUUUAAAAACUCGAUGGCCUCAAAUAGCAGAUGCUUUGUCUCUAAUUUUAUAAAUGCUUUUAAAUAGAUAUCUGUUUUCACAAAAUAAGAUAUCUGUUAAAUAGAAAAUGGUAUCUGUUGUUUAUUUUAGUCAUGAUACAAAUGAAUGGCGACUAGUGACUAUUAUGUGUUAGUUCUGGUUUCACACACUUUAUUACCUCAGAGCUGUUUUGAUGCCUUUGAAACAUAAUUUUGUGCAGUUUUUUAUUAGACAGUUUGUGCGAACAGCACACCAUCACAUAUCUGUUACUUGCAAGGAGCAGAUGAAUAAAUUGUUUUUAAGCAUUUGAUUUCACACACACACACACACACACACACAAUUGGAUGAAGCUAAAAAAUAAAACUCAUACACUCGCACACACUGUGAACAAAGUGUAGCAAAACUGCAAAACACAUCUAUAAAAUAUUUGUAAAUGAAAGGCUUGUGUAUCAUUUAAUAACAAAACCUUUCCUCCUUUUUUUCCUGAAAUGGUAAACUGUCUGCAGACUAAUGCAUGUCCUGUACCGUUAUACAAUUCAUCAAAGUUGUAUUUAUAAAGCUGUUGUUGAGAUGA